UCUCUGCUUGUCUUGCCGUCGAAACACCACGUGACCAUUACGUCACAUUUCGUUUUAUGAGUUUGCAAGUUGCUGAUGAAACUGUGUGAAAUAAAUCUUUAAACUGACGUGUACAAAAUGGUCUAUAAACAUACAUAGCUGACGGAAAGCUUCCUUAAGGUGCAGUGCUUUGUGGUUUGUUCGAGGAUUGAGUCGAAACUCGCAGGGAACAACUUUCAGCCACCUACUUAGCCUACAAACAAGCUAAAAGGAGCAACACUUGGAAGCCCUCAAUUGUGUCCAGCCUACCUUUACAAGAUGAUGCGGGGCCGGCAGCGCGGCUCCAACCUGGGCCUGGUGCUGCUGGCGUCCCAGAUCUUCCAAGUGGGCGUGGACAACAUCCCUCCCGUCACCCUGGCCGCGCUGGGCCUGAACGUCUACCUCUUCUUUUCCCCCGCCGCGCCGCUGAUGAGCGCGUGCGUGAGCGUGCAGGAGGCCUACUGGCACGGGGACUGGCGAAGGCUGCUCCUGUCGCCCUUCCACCAUCUGGACGACUGGCACCUUUAUUUCAACAUGUCCUCGCUCAUCUGGAAGGGCAUGCAGCUGGAGCGCAGGCUGGGCGGGCCUUGGUUUGCCUACCUGUUGUCCGUCUUCUCCCUGCUCACUGGAUUGGUCUAUCUUCUCCUGGAGGCGGGGCUAGCAGAGCUGACGGAUGACUGGUCCUACGGCAGGCAGUGUGCAGUUGGGUUCUCAGGUGUGUUGUUUGGGCUGAAGGUGGUGAAUAACCACUACAACCCUGGAGGGAUCACGCAGGUCAUGGGUGUCCCUGUGGCUAACCGCUAUUCCUGCUGGGUAGAGCUGGUCCUCAUACAUAUCAUGUCACCUGGGACCUCUUUUGUGGGACACCUGGCCGGUAUUCUGGUAGGGCUGCUGUAUACCAUGGGCCCACUCAAGAAGGCCAUGAAAACAUGUGCAGCGUUAGUGCCAGCAGGUGGAGUCCCCCAUCAGGCACACUAUAACUCCUCAGGAGCGAGUGGAAGGCGAAACCCAAACACCUAUCCUGCAUAUGACACCACGUACCCCCCGCGAGCAUCUAGUUACCGGGACCCCUAUCCCCCCCAGACUCAUUCAUACCCUAACACACACACCCCAAACACACACAGGUACACUGACGCGCAGGCCCCCAGUGCACCUCCUCAUGAGCAUCACCCCUACUCAGCAGGCCUGUCUGAGGAGGAGCAGUACCAGGCAGCCAUCAGAGCCAGCCUCAACGAAAGAGGAGGGCCCCCUCAGUCCAGACCCCACUAUGGCAUCCCCCCUGACCCCACAUCAGAGGAGGUUCGCAGGCGUCGUCUCCAGCGCUUUGCUAACUGAUGGCAAGGAGCCACAGAACUCUUCGAAGCAUUCUGCUUCACAAAGACAGGAAAGGAUCUACAUGUCUCUGCCUCCCAGUGGGGGAUCAGGGCAGCGAUGAUGACACCAUGCCAUCACUUACGGACUUUGUGACUGGACAGAUGACUUGUUUUCAUGUUCUUGCCUUACUUCUGAAUAUAGUUUCCAUGCUAUGUCCUAGAAAGUCCAGUCCAUGUCUCAUACAUAUGUAUUCAAAUUAUGUGUCCAAAGAUUGAAAGUGCUUUGUUUUGUAUCAGUGGUUGUCUGGUUUGAAUUUGGGUAUUUUUGUUGUUGUUGUUGGCAAGUCUUAAAAUGUUAAGCUAUCCAUUCAUUAACUCUGGCUACAAGCUUACCCUCAGGGGAUUUCCGCUGCAUUCUUUUGUACACAGUAUCUUCAGCUGAAGCAGCUGUUCUUGGAAGCGUGUCAUAUAACAUGGUAAACCAUAUUGUAACCCUUAAAGUGCCGACCUGCAGCAUUUUACAUCACGUAAGAAGUUAAUGGAGCAAAGACCAGGCAUGAUUCCAUGGAGAAAUGAAGAGAACCUAAGUUACUAGCAGCUUAAAUGACAGUGAUUGCUAUGUGAGCGUGACUUGCUGCAAGUUUGUCAAUAUUUUUUAAUGAUCACUUUUUCAUGCACUACAACCAAACGCUAUGCAUAAAUUAUUAUAAAAAUGUAUUUUUAUAAGAUGUAAAUAAAUCACUUUUACAACUUUU